GUGCUGCAGUGAAUGAUUUCCCCCGGGGCGGAGCUCGACCCACCUGAGCCGGCAGUCAAGCCGCCCAAGUGGGCGAGCCUGCCAGCACUGCCCCGCCACCAGGGACCAUGGCCACGGAUUCCUGGGCCCUAGCGGUGGACGAGCAGGAAGCUGCGGCUGAGUCGUUGAGCAACUUGCAUCUUAAGGAAGAGAAAAUCAAACCAGAUGCCAAUGGUGCUGUUGUUAAAACCAAUGCUAAUGCAGAGAAAACAGAUGAAGAAGAGAAAGAGGACAGAGCUGCUCAGUCUUUACUCAACAAGCUUAUCCGAAGCAAUCUUGUGGAUAACACCAACCAAGUAGAAGUCCUGCAGAGGGACCCAACCUCCCCCCUCUACUCGGUGAAGUCUUUCGAAGAGCUUCGCCUGAAACCACAGCUUCUCCAGGGAGUCUAUGCCAUGGGUUUCAACCGCCCAUCCAAAAUACAAGAGAAUGCAUUGCCUCUGAUGCUUGCUGAACCCCCACAGAACUUAAUUGCCCAAUCUCAGUCUGGUACUGGUAAAACCGCUGCCUUUGUGUUGGCCAUGCUCAGCCAAGUAGAACCUACAGACAGCUAUCCCCAGUGUCUCUGCCUCUCUCCAACCUAUGAGCUUGCUCUUCAAACAGGAAAAGUGAUUGAACAGAUGGGCAGGUUUUACCCUGAACUGAAGCUAGCUUAUGCUGUUCGAGGCAAUAAAUUGGACAGAGGUCAGAAGGUCAGUGAGCAGAUUGUCAUUGGCACCCCCGGGACCGUCCUGGACUGGUGCUCCAAGCUGAAGUUCAUUGACCCCAAGAAGAUCAAGGUGUUUGUUCUGGACGAGGCUGACGUAAUGAUAGCAACUCAGGGCCACCAAGACCAGAGCAUCCGCAUCCAGAGGAUGCUGCCCAGGAACUGCCAGAUGCUACUCUUCUCUGCCACCUUUGAAGACUCAGUGUGGAAGUUUGCCCAGAAGGUGGUCCCAGACCCCAACAUCAUCAAACUGAAGCGUGAAGAGGAGACUUUGGACACCAUCAAACAGUAUUAUGUCGUUUGCAAUAACAGAGAGGAGAAGUUCCAGGCCCUGUGCAACCUGUAUGGGGCCAUCACCAUCGCCCAAGCCAUGAUCUUCUGCCAUACGCGCAAAACAGCUGGCUGGCUGGCAGCAGAGCUCUCCAAAGAGGGCCACCAGGUGGCUCUGCUGAGUGGAGAGAUGAUGGUGGAACAGAGGGCAGCUGUGAUUGAGCGCUUCCGAGAAGGCAAAGAGAAGGUCCUGGUGACCACCAACGUGUGUGCCCGUGGUAUUGAUGUUGAACAAGUGUCUGUGGUCAUCAAUUUUGACCUUCCUGUGGACAAGGACGGGAACCCAGACAAUGAGACCUACCUGCACCGCAUCGGGCGCACGGGCCGCUUUGGCAAGAGGGGUCUGGCAGUGAACAUGGUUGACAGCAAGCACAGCAUGAACAUCCUCAACAGAAUCCAGGAGCAUUUUAACAAGAAGAUAGAAAGAUUGGACACAGAUGAUUUGGAUGAGAUCGAGAAAAUAGCCAACUGAGAAAGAAGCCUCCCCUGCGACUGGCGCCGCCCUCAGCACUGUCCCUGCCUGGGAGCCUAGUGCUUUCAUGGCAUAGGCCUGGACAGGCACCUCAAAGACCAAGGCCUGAGUAGAGACUACCUACCUCAUUCAGAAUUACGUUUGGACUUGACAGAAAUUUGUACAAAUGAUGGGGGAUGGUAGAAAAUUUGUUUACACAACUUUGGAAGAUUAGGCAUGAAUACACAGAAAUUUACCUUUUAGAAGUUCCGUCAUUUUUUUUCUUUUUUUUUUUUGCCAAUAUUUCCCCAUCAUUACGCUAAUCUAGAUUAUAUGCCCAGUUUUCCUUAUGACAAACCUUAGCUGUUCUUUGACUUAGAGUAUGCAGGCCAGCCUUUUGGCAGUGACAGCACAGGAGAAAAGAGGGCACCCCAGGCAGAGUCCCCAAGUAGGAUAGGGGUAUAGGCCAGUUCCAGUGUCAGGAGGACAGCAUGAGUUGGCCGGUGAGCUGCUGCUUAGCACUGGGUGUGCAAUGGCUAAGCUGAGUUACCAGAGCCCUGCUAACUUAUUCCAGGAAGAGAUUUGCUAUGCUGGACCAAAAUGCCUUUGGGGCCUCUCUGUUCAGGUUUAUGCCUCAGGAGCACGGCUUGUUCUUUUCAGGAGGUAGCAAUCUGUGUGCAGUACAGAUCUCAUUACUAGUGAGUUCUUGGCUCAUGCAUCUGCAAGACCCAUGGAUAAGUCAUCAGGGAGAAUUAGUGGUCGCUCUAGUCUGCUGCAAAGCCUUUGUCAUGUGCUCCUUGCACCACUGAUUCUACAUCUGUAGCAUCCCCUUACCCCACUAGUGCCAGCCAAAUAAAAGGGUACUUGAGAUUCGGAUACUCGGUGAGUACUAUAGAUCAAGUUUCUGAUGGGCAGCCUCAAUCUAAGCAGUUCCCAAAAGGUAGUUCUGUCAAAGCUAGGGAAUGAUUACAAGCAUUGGGCAUCUUGAUUCUUAAGGGAUUCUGAUCAUCUAUGUUCACAGUGUCUCGAAUGCAUACAAAGGAGUGUGAUGAGGGACAAGAUGGACCACAGCCAUUUAUCUGUCCAAGACAAGAAUAAUCAAUCAUUUGCUCCUUUCUUACUUGGCACCUGUGAGUAGAGUAGUGAAAGCAAACAAUAGAAAUGGAGAAUUCCUCACACUCGGCUAGGCCGUAGGUGCCCACAAAGCGACAGAAGAGAGUAAAGCAGACAGAAGCCAUCCUCUUCAGUUGUGUGACUGGGAUGUGGUGUGAUUCCUCUUUCUAGGAUUUUUUUUUUUUUCAUGUACGUGUUGUGCUGGGACUCACAUAUGCUAGGUAAGCACUUUAAACAGAACUAUCAUUCCCAGCCAUGGAAGAGGCUUUUUCUGUGUUCCUGGAUCUUAAGGCCAGCUCCAUCACCUGAAAAGGGGAGUGGUUUGCUUAAUGUUACAGAGAGACCAACAGACUGCCAGGUCAGCCCCUUCCUCUUGAUGGGCAUUUGACUGAAUAGAAUUCUUUGUUUACUGCUGGCCAACUUUGAUCUAUUGUAGGAGUCUUAAAAGGAGAGAAGAAAUUUUUUGUCCUCCCAAAAUACUGUGAACCAAACCUGGAAUAGCUAAAGCCAAGGAUAUAACUGAAGAAGUAUGUAGAUUCUUACUCAGUCUGAAAAGGAAGGUGGGACCUGGAAUAGCUAAAGCCAAGGAUAUAACUGAAGAAGUAUGUAGACUCUUACUCAGACUGAAGAGGAAGGUGGGGAAGGUGUACAGCAGACUCUUCAAUGGCUUCUAGUCGAAGGGUAGCUCAACUGUUCUUAACCUAGUGUCUUGCACCUCUGAGAAUUCACUGGCUGGGUUUCAUGAUGUCUGUGACUUAUUAUUUUGAAUUUAAAUAAUUUCUUGGACACCUUUUAAAAAGGUAAGACCACAAUUGUGGGUGACUCUGGAAUGUCACUGUGGGCCAUAUUCCUUCACAGUCCACACUCAUUCCUGCCACCACCUGUUCCCCAAGGCCAGCUUAGAGCUGUCAGGAGUCUCAGAAUUACUGAGUUUGCUGAGCCUUUGGACAGGGAUUCUUUUACUGAUUUCAGUAAAGUUCUAUUCUAUGACAUGAUAAGCUGAACCCAGGAACAAAGAAACUCAGGGAAAGAAGAGAGAAGCUCAGGGAAGGAAAUGUUCUUGUCUAAUGGAAAGUUUUAUGUUCAUUAUCCAUAAACAAUAGGUUUCCCUGGGUUUUUAUUUUUUUGCUUCAAACUCAAGUUUCCUGAGUGCUAGAGUUACAGGUAUAUACAUCAUGUACCAGACUGGGAUAUUUUGUUCUGAGUAUCAUUUAUUGGUUGUAUACAUAAGAUCUAAUCAAUUGUUGAGACAUAGUUUUUGGUUUUUAUUUGUUUUUUGAGGCAGGGUUUUCCUAUAGUG